CGCGGCCAUGUUGAAUUGUCAAUAUACUGAUAGAAGAGACAAGAGUGAUAACUUUUUUUCCUCUCGGAAACAUUAAAUACCAAACUUACUUGAACUGCUGAUUCAAGUUUAAGUCCGAACGCAGCGGGCAAUGGGCAUCUCUUUUUCUUUUUUGUUGAUCAGCCAUUUCCAAAGCACUUUGCAAGCUGCCAUCUCAACUUCUUUUUUUGAAAGAAGCACAGGAAACCAGAACAAGACGAGACAUGCAUUUGAGCACUCGCUCUAAAUUGGAGAUUGAGUCUUGCCGUGUUUAAGUAGUUUUGUCAUGAUUUUGUACAUGUUUCCCUCUAUAGUUAAACCAGUGAUAAGCUCAAGCAUUCAAGUUUUGGGACUUUGUUAAAGUAUGAAAUCAUAUUAACUUGAAAAAAAGAUCAGAUUAGUUAGUCUCCAUUUUGAAUGUAUAAUAAAGCAUCUAAAAUUAAACUGCAAACAACAAAAGAAAAACAAACUGGUUCAUUUUAAGGAUAAGAACACACUGAAAUAUUCUUUCAAAGAAAUAUUUGUUUUGAUCUAUUCUCCCUAUUUAUAUAGAUAUUUAUCUCUCCCUUUUUGGAGAGUUGUAAAUAGAAGAUAUUCAUACUUGGGUUUCUACACUCUGACAUCUGAUUGUGUACAGUUUGUUUUUUAGGCAAGAAGUAUAAGAAAGAAAGUUUGUUCCAACUUUUUUUUAUUUGAUACUCACUCACACAUUAAUCAAAACAAGACAAUAAAAAAGAGGCAGAUAUAAAUAUUACACACUGUGAAGAAUCGUCAGUAAAAGUGUUGAACCCAUGGCUACUGCAAGAACAGCAAACCCAUCACCAAUGAUUGGACUGAACAGACCAGCAAAUGGGCAGCUCAGGGGACAGUCCAAGCCGGCUGGACAGCAGUCAGGACUUUGUUCAACUGGCCAACAGCCCAGUGCCCUCCAGAGAAGGAGCAACAUUCCUCAGAGCAGCGGAGGCAUCAAGUUUGGUGAUGACUGGAAGAAGUGCCUGGAUCUUCCUCCAAAAGACAACAGGGUACAAACUACGGAUGUGACGUCAACAAAGGGAAAUGAAUUUGAAGAUUACUGCCUAAAGCGGGAACUUCUAAUGGGGAUCUUUGAGAUGGGCUGGGAGAAACCCUCCCCUAUCCAGGAGGAAAGCAUUCCUAUAGCUUUAUCAGGCAGAGAUAUCUUGGCUCGGGCCAAGAAUGGAACAGGGAAAAGUGGAGCCUACCUCAUCCCCCUCCUUGAGAGGAUAGACCUAAAGAAGGAUCACAUACAAGCCAUAGUGUUGGUGCCAACAAGAGAACUGGCCCUUCAGAUGAGCCAAAUCAGUAUUCAGCUCAGCAAGCACCUGGUAGGGCUCAAAGUCAUGGCUACCACCGGUGGAACCAACUUGAGGGAUGAUAUCCUCCGCCUGGAUGAGACAGUUCAUGUAGUGAUUGCCACACCAGGCAGGAUACUUGACUUGUUAAAGAAGGGUGUGGCAAAGAUGGAUCUGACACAGAUGAUGGUGAUAGAUGAAGCAGACAAGUUGCUGUCUCAGGACUUUGUGAUCCUGAUUGAGGAUAUCAUAAGCUUCUUCCCAAAGAAUCGUCAGAUUCUGCUUUACUCUGCCACUUUCCCCAUAAGUGUCCAAAAAUUCAUGAACAAGCACCUGAAGAAACCCUACGAAAUCAACCUGAUGGAGGAGCUCACAUUGAAGGGCAUCACUCAGUAUUAUGCCUAUGUGACUGAAAGACAGAAAGUUCACUGUCUUAACACGCUUUUUUCUAGGCUGCAGAUCAAUCAGUCAAUCAUCUUCUGUAACUCCACCCAGAGAGUGGAGCUCCUGGCAAAGAAAAUCACCCAGCUGGGCUAUUCAUGCUUCUAUAUUCAUGCAAAGAUGAUGCAGGAGUACAGGAACCGGGUGUUCCAUGACUUCAGAAAUGGCUUGUGCAGAAACCUCGUCUGCACAGACUUGUUCACUCGGGGAAUUGACAUCCAGGCAGUAAAUGUCGUCAUAAAUUUUGACUUCCCCAAAAAUGGAGAGACCUACUUGCACCGUAUUGGCAGAUCAGGACGUUUCGGUCACUUGGGGCUGGCCAUCAAUCUGAUCACUUCAGAAGAUCGCUACAACCUGAAGGCUAUCGAGGAACAGCUGAUGACCGACAUAAAGCCCAUCCCCAGCAGCAUUGAUAAGAGUCUGUAUGUAGCAGAGUUUCACUCCAUUGACCCAGAUGCCGAUGAUGAUGAUGAAGGGGGUGCAUAAACUUAAAAAAAAAACAAAAAAAACUGGGAGCAGCUUUAACAAAAGGUCAGUUUUUCUAAAGGCUCAAAACCAGCCUUGAUUGGAAAAUAAAUAUUUGAAGUUUUUUUUCUAUUCUUUUUUUCUCCCCCUAUUAAACGGGUCACACUUCAUCUAUUUCCAUUACCCAUCUAAAAGCAAAAUAUUAUUGUGGGUUGGUGCUCAACUUUCUGCAUACCUGAUGCUAAACUGUACAAAACUGUCUAGACAGUGAUGAGUCAAGAAGUUCAGCUCAUUUACGUUUAUAAAACAGAAGAGAACUCGCACAAAGUAAAGUAAACCUCUUUUCCAUGUCAAAAAUUGACCUUUAUCUGCAUAUCUGUUUUGGAGAAAAUAUGCAGACAUUAGCAUGCUUUGAUGCUAAUUUACCUUGGGUGGAAGACUUCUUUUUUUUUUUUUUUUUUUUUAAUAUAAAUUGUCUGACAUUUGAAUGAUAUUGUCUAAAACUGAACUAUUGUACUUCAUUAUUUUGCAGUAUGUGAAAUCUGCAGGUGGUGGAUCAUGGUUUUUCAGUCAAAAACAAAACCUAAGUUAGAAGUAAAUUAUUAGUUGAAUUUGUUAUGUUAUUAAAUUUGUUGAAGCAGCUGAGUUAAAAUCAGUUCAUCUGUUCAUUUUCAAAAAUGUUUGAAAUUGUUUGAAUUGGUACCCAGUAUAUUUCAUAAUGUUAAAUGCAUCAGAGCACUCAAAGGAUAGCAAAUACUUGCAAAUGGAUCCUCCCCUCAAGAAAGAUUAACUUCAGUUUUACAUGUUUUUAAGGCUUGUCCUCCUUGAGCUGUACAACAGUAGUCGGCUUAGAAUUAGACAAAGUGGAUCAACACUUGCUGCCAGCUGUCUGCUCUGCAAGUUUAGGGUUGUGAGAGCAGCAGCUCAUUCACGCUUGAAUCAAAUUCUAAUUGUUUUCUUUACUUUUUCAGGAGAAAUGCAGCAGCUGGCAUUUAUCAUACAAUAUUGGCUACGCAUCACACAAGAUGUCUGAUUUCCUUUUUCUUUAUUUUAAUUUUUAUGACGCCAGUAAAAUAAUUUAAUUUGGGAGCUUGUUGACCAUGCGUAUAAUAAACUUGCAUCAUCCAGAUUGGAAAUGCCACUUGAAUACUCGACCAUUUCAACUUUGUGCAACAUUGUUACUGUUUACAAAACUUGUACUCUUGAUAAACGGAAAUACUUUUAUUUGGUGCUUUGCUUUACGAUGGUUGAUAUCAAAUACUAUCCUUUUUAAGGACGGUACAGACCAUAGAUCGGUAAUGUUUACAUGCUGUUGAAAUCAUUUUUAAGCAUGUUAAAAGUAAGCUGAACCAUGAAUCAAAGCUACACUCGUACCCUUUUAAUAUGUCAGCAACACUUUCAGAAGCAGUGUUUUUUUUUUUUUUUUUUUUUUUUUUUCCCUCAAACUUUCUGUUGGAUUUGUGACCUUGGAGUACACUGGACAUAUUGAGAUAUGAAUGACAUGCUCUGUUCUUUUGUGUAAUAAUCUUCUUAAAGACCUACAAAGGUAAACUGUGACAAAAAAAGUGAAUGUGACACAUUUUCCACAGCAGCCAUUGCAAAAUGUUGCAUCAUUUUUCAAAAGCGAUAAGGUAUUUACAUUUUCUUAAUCUUCCCAAAACAUCCAUUUGCAGAAACGGACAAAAGCAUUUCUCUUUUUCUAUAUUCUGAUGUUGGAUCUGAUGUGACUGCAUCUUGAGGUUGUUUUAAGUUGCUGCCUAAAAAAAAUUCUGUUCAGAUAAUUGCAUCAACAACCAGGCGACAUCUGUUUGCUAUCAUUUCUAUUGCUCAGGUGCUUAUGGCAGCAAUGAUCAAAAUAAGGUAAAUGAUUUAAAACAAAAUCCACCAAAAGGGAGACAAAAUUGCGUAUAUUAUCCAUUGCAUACAGUGAAGUUAGUCAAAGAAAACACAUAAUUUGGUUAAGUAUCCAGUGAUGCUCCAACCACAGAGCAAGUGAAAUAGUGUUGCUGAUAAAUAACUAAAGCAGAUCUUACUAGUAAUGCACGAGGGCCCUUGGUUGACGUGUUAAAACCGUUUAACUCGUGCCUCAGUCCCAUUUCUUUGCCUCAACCCUCCACUGCCAUUUUUCAUUCUGCUGUGUUGGGAGGUUGACCUUUUUUCUUUUUAGGAUUAAGACCCACCUGGGUCUAAUUGGCCCAUCUGUCCCCCUUUUAAAAGAGCUGUUAAAGGAGGAUUCCAUCAGAAAAAAGGCCACUAUGAGCUACCAAGCAUGAAGAUGGAUUGGAAAGACUUGAGACUGGACAUUAUACUGUAUCUUCCUUUGCCAUGAAGUGCCUUGGGCUGACAUCGGAUUCCCUAUAUUACCUUUGCUCCUGUCUGAUCUCAACAAUAACUGAUUGUAUUAGAAUUUUCAAAACCAAGUCCAAGUACCUGUUUGAACAAAACCGGAGACAUGUCAAGCUUGAACAACGUUGCCUGGGACUUAACCAAUUAUCGGAUGUGAGGAUUUACAUCUAACAUUGAAUAACAUUUAUGCUGGUUUUUUUUGUUUUUUUUUUACCCCCUCUAUAUCUAUUGGUGGAUGAUGAGCUUUUAAAAACUUUGGUUCAGAAAUUUGGCACUAUAAUAGAUGUCGGUUUAAUUGAGCUUCAGUGGAGGCAGCACUAGUGUAAGAAUGAAAAAAACCAAACAAAAAAAAAACUUAAAUUUAAGCUGUAAAUGGUUUUCUCAGCACUGCAUUAAAUGGUAUAAUUAAAUACCUCAAUGAACUGAGACAAGUGAGACUUUCUUUUGUAAUGUGGAUGUUUGUGCUUCAGUCAAAUAUAAAAUAAAAAAAAUUCAGCUGAUGGA